CUCUGAGGGACAGAGUCACGGAAUGACGGAGAAGCCAACAAACCGACAAUAGCCUCCUGCAGCAGCGCUCUGCUGCAGCUUACAGUUGUCAGUGGUUAGUCGGCGGGCUCAUUGCUAUAGACGUUGCUGUCGUUUUCCGAUCGACGACUCAGGGGCAGUUAAACCGGUGGACGGCGCCGUGGUUCCAUGCUUUUUGUUCCCGUGACGACAGCUAAAACCACCACUUAGCUGCAGAAUUUCUACUCAUUGUUCCAUGUGUAGUAGCAGUAGUGAUAGUGGUGGCUGUGGAGAUCCGUGUAUGGUUAUUGGCUUCCGUUUGUGAGUGACUCAUAUCAGCCACUCAGUCUGUCAGUUGAUCGCCAUUGCUGGUUGUGGGCGGGCAUGAUCUGCUUAUGCGUCCCUCAUUGGCAGUCGUGGACCAUGUGAUACUCGUCAGCCAUUGAAGAUGUGAAUCUAGGCCAGUGCAGCCACUGAAUGUACGUUGAUUAAUAGAACAUACCUUCGGAAUAAUUAAGUAAACAAUAUCAAGAUUAACCACGACAACAUCGUAAAAUGGAUACUAAGUUUUGCUUUACGCUCUGCGCAAAAUUACGGAUAAAGGGUUUCAUAUAUCUCAUACUCAGGAUAAAUAUACCAUCAAGGUGAACAAGUCGAACUGGAGUAGUGCCGUGUACAAAACGGAUAAGUGCAGCGUUAUUCCACAUCUCAGUGAAACAGUACGCCUAAAGCAGUUUCGUAAGGUGAGCUAAGGCGUGGUUUAGUGGGGAUUGCGUGGCGUGCGCUGAAGGGCGCGAUGUCGAGCUCACAAACGGGAAGCAAGGGCGAAGAUGCCUCGACGCCCAUGCUGCCCGGCGGAGCGAGUGGUGCAAGCCAAGCGCACGUCAUCCGCAUGGACUCCAGCACCACCAAUCUACAAUCAUCGUUAAAAUCAUGGGGUGAAGAAAAUAUGUUAUUGGUGUUCACGAUUCUCGGAGUGCUGCUGGGUCUACUGCUCGGUUUUCUCGGGCGCAUGCUGGCGCCUUCAACGGAGAGCAUUAUGCUUAUCUCGUUUCCCGGUGAAAUUCUCAUGGGAAUGUUGAAGAUGCUUAUUCUACCGCUCAUCAUAUCUUCCAUGAUCUCUGGUCUCGCACAGUUAGACCCUAAAUCAAGUGGAAAGAUGGGUUCGCGCGCUCUGGUUUACUAUUUCGCGACCACAAUCCUAGCCGCAAUUGUAGGAAUCGUUAUGGUAAUAACAAUUCACCCUGGAGACCCCAACAUCAAGGAAGGUCUACAUCAUGCUAAGGAGGACAAAAAAGUUUCCACCCUUGACGCCUUCCUCGAUCUCAUUCGAAAUAUGUUUCCAGAAAAUCUUCUACAAGCAUGCUUUCAGCAAGUCGAAACCACUUAUGAAAACGUAACAAAAGCCACAUUAAAUGCAGCAGGAAAACAAGAAUAUACACUAAAGCGCAAGAUAGUAUUUAAAAAUGGCACGAAUGUGCUAGGACUUAUUGUCUUCUGCAUUGCAUUUGGCGUAGUUUCCGGACAAAUGGGACCCCAAGCUGACCUCAUGGUGAAGUUCUUUGUACAGCUUAACGAGAUUGUAAUGAAAAUCGUUGUGCUGGUGAUGUGGUAUUCUCCUUUCGGUAUCAUGUCUCUUAUUAUCGGGAAGAUUAUGUCUAUUGAAGAUUUGGCCUCCACGGCUGCACAGCUUGGUCUCUACAUGGUUACAGUUAUAGUGGGACUAUUAAUCCACGCCUGUAUUACGCUUCCGGGGAUUUUCUUCCUUAUCACCAGAAAGAACCCUGUAACCUUUUUUAAGGGAAUGCUACAGGCUUGGAUCACAGCUCUCGGUACAGCUUCCAGUGCCGCGACCUUACCGGUAACCUUCCGAUGUCUGGAGGAAAACCUCCACAUUGACAAACGUGUCACGCGUUUCGUACUUCCAGUCGGGGCCACCGUAAAUAUGGAUGGAACUGCCCUCUAUGAGGCGGUCGCCGCAAUCUUCAUCGCCCAGAUGAACGGCAUCUACCUCAGUCCCGGGCAGAUCAUCGCGGUGUCCUUGACGGCAACGGCAGCAUCAAUCGGUGCUGCCUCAGUUCCAUCAGCCGGCCUUGUAACGAUGCUCCUUGUUCUAACUUCUGUAGGACUGCCCACCGAAGAUAUUUCGAUGAUAGUCGCCGUCGACUGGAUGCUAGAUCGUAUUCGAACAUCAAUAAAUGUCUUGGGAGACGCAUUCGGUGCGGGCAUCGUGGACCAUCUCACCAAAGAUGAGCUGGCUGAAAUGGACGCUAAGAAACACCUGGAUAAAACAAGGAAUUCGCAUCCGAACGAAGGCGAAACGGCAAUCUAAGUGAGCUAUUAAGACUAUGAUUUCAAGUACUGCUUGAUCUAUUCUGUAACUCGUUCAAAAUAAGGAACGCUCUUAAUAAAUGCAACUCGAAACACUGAGAAACAUUGAGCAGCACGUUGAUAUUGCAAAAUUUUUUCUAACUAAGGGCUGUAAGUUCAGUUAUCUGGAAGUCAACGAUGGCUCUCUGAACUUAUAAUGGCGAUAAAAAGACGUGUUGUUAAUGUUUUUCGAUGUACAAACAUGCGUUUAGCAUUCACAAAACACGUACGUACUCCCAACGCAGUUAUGUGGCAAAUACAGGACAAAAAUCCAGGGAUGUACAGAUAGCACACGAGGGUGUAUCUACCUCAUCAAGCAAGCAAUCAAUCAGCCGCGCUAACUGCUACGAUUAUGCAUUCAACACCUAAUCAAAGAAACGACAGUUAUGGUAGCAACAGCGGAAAUGGCAGUGAUUAACAAAUUACGAACAGAAGGUGCACAGAAGGAACAGGUAAAGAAAAAAGGAGACAUUGCGACACUUAAUCACACAGACAAAUAGUUACCUACUUUGAUCUAUCUCUAUAACCUAAAAUACCUCAGCAAUGUGAUUAACAAAAAAAUGUUCUAUGAAAAUGUACGCCAAGCUGUCAAAGUGAAGAAACGUUACUGCGUAAAGCAUACUAUCUAAAACACGGAAAGCAGGGUCGUGUUGUAACUUUGUAUUCGUUGUAGUGAUUCAGGAACUCUAUGUGAAAUUGCUAAUAACUGAAUCCUCAUUGAUGAAAAAAAGCGUAGCACAUAUCAUUGCCUUAGCUAUAGGGUUAUUACGUCAUUCGUGUCUAUCUAAGCAUAUCUUAUAGGAAAUAUACAGUAAAGCGUAUUGUUUUUCUUAGAUAGCCGCAUAUGCACAAAAGUACGUAUGCAGUCUUAAGUAUGGCAUAGUAUUCAUUUCAAAUAGCAAAGAUCAAGAGCAGAGUUGCAUAAAUAAGACUGCAUUUCGUUUCUCAAAUUCUGACGGUCAUUAAUACCUCAACAGUGGAUGGAAAUAAAGUGUUAGGAACAGCUACAUAGUUACCAAGCGAAAAUGGAAAGUACGCAUCAUCAACGCAGCAACAACGUAUCAUUAGAACUAUAUUUCUUCACAACUAUCCUUAACGAGCGAGCUCGUCCGAGCAUAUCAAAAUGACAUUUAUUUAUUUAUUGAUCGAUAACGACGAAAGCGAAUGGUUUAACUCAUAGCUCCGCGUGCAGCCACAAACAUCUUUAGAAUAUAUCGCAGGUUUUGCAACCCAUUCAAAAAAUUUUUCACCCUUCUUUUCCGAUAAAUACUCUACCAGCGACACCGCCAGCAAAUCAUAUUAGAGAGGGAGAAUGAUGAGUCAGGAAAGCAGUUUAAUGGUGGAGCUAGCUAUCACCAGUCGCCGCCGCCGCCGCAGCAAGCAACAACUAGUGAUUAUCCCAGCUAAUGAAUGACGUCAUAAUGCAUGAUUGUGUUGUUGAUGAUGAUCAAAUACAUCUACGAGCCAUAUUUUGGAGACAGAGGAGUACCCGCAGACAAUGAGAUCUAUGUCUUUCACUUCGUGCCCUUUAAAACAAAAAAAAAAAACAGGCUGAUCACGAUAUUAACAUGGCCGACUAAAAUCAUUAUUAAUGUCGAUAAUAAAUAAGAAUUGUGGUCGUCGUCACUAGUACAAUCGUCAUCUUCAUCGUGAUACUCACAACAACAAUAUUUAUAUGAAUUUUAACGCACUGGCAGGCAAACGUCCUCCACGACAUUUAUUUUAGAAGGCGGCGGUGAAGUAAAUCUACGGAGCACAAAAACAGCUGUGUACAGAAGCAGAGCUGCAAAGGCCUGUUUUGCUAACUCUAACAAAGCGUAACGCAAUAUACAAAGAAUCAUCUGAAGUACCAAUGGUGCCAUAAGUUUAUAAAGUUACAAUCGCACACAAGAAUUCUCCCAGAAUCAAGGAGAAUCAUGACAGUUAUAGAGUUAGGCCCAACGGAAUCGACAAAAACAAGCAUGAGCCUGAGACCUUCUCUCGUUGAGCAAGAGUAAUGGCGAGAGAGUAAGAGAUGUUGCAAUAGUACAUACACUUGCUAUCAUAAAAUGAAUCAACAACCAAAGUUAUAUAAACAGUUGUUGUUGAAUCUUAGGCAUGGUACGCAUGCCAUUGGAAAACGAUGUCAGUGAUUAUGCCGAUAAUGCAAUAAUAUUAUGAGAAACUCGGUUUAAAAGGCAAAAUGUAGAUAGAAACAAAAUUUAGAUGGACCUAAAAGGAACCUACCGUAGAUGAUUUAGGGAAAUUUAACAUAAACAGGUUCCCCUGAGUUCAAUGAUAGCGAAGGUGAGAUCGAGAGAAUGCAGCAUGGUACUCCGGCAAAUGUUGUUUUUACGGGACAGUUCCUGCUUUCAGGUAUCGCGCGUGCAAAUCUUAAGAAUAGUAUAGCUGGUUAAGACACAGAAAAAAAAAACUCACCGACCGCGGAACAAUGAGCAGCAGUUACCAAACAGCUUUCAAAACCACAGCAACCAGUCAGCCAUUUUAAAUAGGUGUUUGCUCCCAUUAUAUAUUAUAUACCCAUUUUAUAUAUAUAUAUACAUAUAUAUAUAUAUAUAUAUAUAUAUUGUUGUUACUAUCUCAAUUAUUGCUGUCAUUAUUUAAAAACCAAAAAAUAAGGUCAAUAUAAAAACAUAAACAGACAUUACCUACGAUAACGAGAAUGGUUCCAUAUAACAGGAGUUGCCUAAAUAGUGCUAUAUAUAUAUAUAUAUAUAUAUAUAUAUAUAUAUAUAUAUAUAUAUUGGAGCUGAAGACAAACCACGAACGGCUAUUCAGCAUUAACAGCUAUUUAAUUUGUGGUAAGUACACGAUCAAAAGAAAUCCGUAUCAAAGAAUGCAUCACGAUAUUGGAAAUAUAUAUAUAUAAUGGACCAGGAAAGAAGAAUGAAAAUUCUCGAUGUUCCGCUUUCGCAAGGUGAUUUAUCUGGAGAUUGUAUCCUCGUGCAAUAUAUCUACAUAUACAUUCACAUAUACAUGUGUGUUCAUCUAAUGCUGCUCUUAGCCUAUGACCUGACCUGGCUACCAUGUCAGUCGAGAAGUGCUGCAACACAAGCUACAGAACUAUAUACAUAUAUAAAUUCGGCGGUUUUUCAUAAGCCGCCGUCAAGAAUUUAUCUGAAGCGUAUUACGCCGCUGUGAUUGAAUAAACUUGAGAGUGAAUGAAAUACUGAAACGAGAAAGAAUGUUAAGCUAAAAGUGCCUGAUGGAUUCGCCAACAUUUUGACAAAAACCAAGAAUUUUGGCGAGCUCUGGACAGGACACUCGAUGCUUCACAACGUGUAAUGAACAUUCAAAUAAGGUGAACAAUACGAAGUGUUAUUUACGGGAUCGUGCGUGAAUCUGAAUUGUCAUUCAAUUAAAACCAUAAUAUAAUUAUAAUCAUUAGACAUGUAUUGAAAGAGGGAAGCAGUUUUAUCCUAAAACACUAACGUAGAAUAUGUGAGUGAAACAAAAGUCCGGAAAACAGGUUCCUUCAUCACACUCCUUUGUUCUCAUUAGCAAGUCGCUGUCUUUCGUGACACCGCCUUUAACUUGGGUUAACAAACGCAUACAGUAUCAGUUCAUCGAGACAAAAUAUUUUCACUAAUUUGACUUUUAAAAUGACUGAAUCCUAGUAACAGAUUUAUAAGUAGUAAAAUGUAGUCAUUUUUACACCCUCUCAAGGCAGUUUGUUAGGUCGUUCGCUGAUGAUGUCACAUCAAUCCUAUAAAUUAAAACACCCUGGAACAAACGAAUAUCAAGCAGGUAGAUGAGGAGAAGCGAAAAAUUAUUCAAAAUAGAAAAAAACACAAAUAAUAUUAAAUAUAAAAAGUAAAAUAUGGGGUAUAUUCUUUAUUCAUUUGUCAGAACUGAAGGUUUGGACAUUAUCUGCGGAAAACGACUUUUAUAAUAAAAGCUAUAUCAGGCAUACGUCACGAUCCGUAGUUAUUGAAAUCAUCUACUAAUGACCUUAUAUCUCGAAAAAAGGUCAAGUAUUUCAUCGUUAAGAUAUCAACGUUAACGAAAAAUACGCUUAAAAAGCUAAUGACAGUAGUUGGAUCAAGUGCAAUGACUCACAGCAAAUAGUGUAUAUGUAUGUGUAUAUAUAUAUAUACAUACAAUCAAGCAUGGCCUAUUACGUGACUACCGAAGUCUUUCGCACGUAAGAACAAACGGGUUCACUCACCACUUCUUGUGGUAACUUCUAUGUUCGUGAAUUCAGUAAACUGUUCGAACAUAAAUGUAUUGGUGGUGACCUUGGAUGUGUCGUAGAAGAAAGAAAAAUCAUAUGCUAGAUAUAGAAAUAUAUGAUGCGAACGGAAGAAAGUAACGAAUGAGAGAGCAUGCAAGACUAUCAAUAAAAAAGACAACAGCAACAAUGUGUAACAGCAAGAAAAACGCGUUUGGUGCCGCCAUCACCCUGAGCGACGGCUGCAAUUUGACUGCCGUAUACUGAGAACACUGAAUUGGAUAAACAUUGAAACAACUUAAUCUACUUGUAGACUGUGGAUAUGAAGCUGAUAACCGUGACGAUAUUAUAAUAGUAAUAAAUAAUUGUAUGCCGACGUCUUUCACCUUCCCUACAUCAUCGACCAAAGUGAAAGUAAAAUAUGACGAAAUGCUUAUGACAAAUAUUAUGGAAUAAAAUACAAAAAGUAAAACUCAACAUGGAA